CUGGCAGGCGUGCAAAUGGUGCCCAGAGCAACGCGGGGCCCCAGAGCGGGGGUGGGGGCUGCAGGGGGGGCUGCAGGGGAGGAGGGGCUGGUUUGCACAACGGGAAGCAAAGGUUGCAGGGCAGGGCCAAAGUCUGCUGUCCUUGCAGGCCGGGUGCAGCAGUGCAGCCCCAUGGAGGCUCCAUGGCUCUCAUGGCUGCUGCUGCUGCUCCUGCUGGCCCUGUUGGUUCGGCGCUGUUGGAUGGAGGGGGGGCGCAGCCGCCAUCUUUACCCCCCCGGGCCGCUGGCGCUGCCCAUCGUGGGGAACCUCCCCCAGGUGGGGCUCGGGAACAUGGCCGCCGCCGUCCGUAGGCUGAGCUCUCGCUACGGCCCGGUGCUGUCGCUGCGCCUGGGCUCAGAGCGGGUGGUGGUGGUGAGCGGCGUGGAGGCGCUGCGGGAGCUGCUGGUGACCAGGGGGGACGAAUUCACCAGCCGGGGGCAUUUUGCCAUCGGGGAGAAGCUGAGCGCAGAUCUGGGGCUGCUCAUGAGCAAUGGGGACAAAUGGAUCAGCAUGCGGAGAUUCGCCCUGACGGCGCUGCGGGACGCAGGGAUGGGGAGCAGGAGGGCAGAGGAGAUGGCGAUGGAGGAGGCGGCUGAGCUGAUCCGAGAGCUGGAGAAGGGGGGAACUGCAGUGCAGGAGCCCUCGGAGCUGCUGAGUGCGGCGGUGGGGAACGCGGUGCUGCGGCUGCUCUGCGGGCGCCGCUUCCCAUACGGGGAUUCGGGGUACCGCGAUGCGCUGCGCCGCAUGGCCGAGAACACCCGCAUCGAGAGCUCCGCCGUGGGCAAGCUGUACAACGCCCUCCCGGCGCUGCUGGAUCUGCUGCCCGGCGCCCAUCGGCGCUACUUCCGCAACAUCGCCCGCGUGUGCAGCUUCCUGGACGGCGUCGUCGCGGGGGGGGGAGGAGAGAAGAGCGGCGAAACAUCGCGAGAUUUCGUCAGCGCCUUCCGGCGGAAGAUGGAGGAGGAGGAGGCCACCCCCGGGUCGCCGUUCACGGCCACCAACCUGCAGGUGUCGGCCUUCGAUCUGUUCCUGGCCGGGACGGAAAGCACCAGCCUGGCGCUGAGAUACGGCAUGAUGGCGCUGAUGGGGAACCCCGCCAUCAUGGAGCGGGUUCAGGAGGAGCUGGAUCGCGUUGUGGGGCCGGAGCGGCUGCCAUCCUUACGGGAUCGCCAGGCGCUGCCCUACACCGACGCCGUCAUCCACGAGGUGCAGCGGCACCUGGACCUCGUCCCGCUGGGGUUCGUCCGCACCGUCACCAGGGACACCCCCUUCCGGGGGUACAUCAUCCCCAAGGGCAGCACCAUUUACCCCCUGCUGAGCUCAGCCCUGAUGGACCCCCACUACUUCCCGGACCCAGAGCGCUUCGACCCGCAGCAUUUCCUGGAUUCUGAGGGGAAAUUCCGCCGCUGCGAAGCCUUCAUGCCCUUCUCUGCAGGAAGGCGGAUGUGCCUGGGGGAGCCGCUGGCGCGGAUGCAGAUCUUCAUCUUCCUCACCGCCCUCCUGCAGCGCUUCCGGCUGUGCCCCCCCCCCGGGGAGGAGCCCCCUGAGCUCCGGCCCGACAUCGGCGGCAUCACCAACAUCCCGCCAGCCCUGCGCCUCCGCUUCUGCCCGAGAUGAGACCCCCCGAAAUGGGGAAGACCCCACCCCAAAGAGGGCACACCUCCCAAAAAGGGGGAGACCCCCUCAAAAGGGGAGACCCCCCCCAGAGACCCCUUCUGGCCACGGUGAGACCUCAACCCCGAAAUGGGGAGACCCCCAAAAAGGGGGCGACCUCCAUUGUAGGGGGGGUGUGCCCAAAAUCCUUCAUCCCGAACCCAAAUGGGGAUGGAGACGCCCCCCCCGACCCCAAUUCAGACCCCUACAACGACCCCAUAUUUCCCCCCAAGAACCUGCGGGUCGCGCCCCUCCCCCCUCCCCAAUAAAACUGUAUCCUUCAA